AACUUAUGUAUGUAGCUGGUUGGUUGGUUGGUCGGUCAUUUUGCGGCAUUCGAGUGCGACCCGACCGGUUGUAAUGCAAGCGGCGGCUUUACUUACUUACUUGCCUCUGUACUCGCUAACUCAAAAGUGCCUUUUGCUUGAUUUAAGCCGGACUGGUUGGCUGGUUGUUUACUGGCUUUGUUAUUGAAGUCAGUCUCAGUCGAUUUUGAAACUCGUGCGCGUCGCGAUAGUGUUGUAUGCGCAAACGGAACGAAAUGUCUAUCAACAACGCAAAAAAUAUACGCCUAUGCUUACUACUUGAUUGAAUGACUUCUUCAAUUGCAAUUUUCUUAAGUGUUAAGUUGAGUGUUCUAAAAGUUUGCCAAAAUGUGAGAACGUUAAAUAACUGUUUAAAUAUUCUUAUGUACUUACAUUGAAAUCUGCAGUUUGGUUUCCAUAAAUGGUCUCCUUUGAUCCAAGUAUUGCUAGGAAGCCUCGCGACCGGUCCCUUGGCUGAGUGCAAUUUACGUCAUUUGCUUCUAAGGCCGGUCCUAGUCAGAGCUUCACAGUGGCACAUAAUUGUCCCCUUAAAAUACACGAACAUUGGUAAUUUUUGUUGAAACUUGGCAAGAGCCCAAUUCUUCCUUAAUUGUGAGUUUCUUCAAAAUAAUGUCUCGAAAAACAUGGUGACAACAAUAAAAAUAACUUGCGAUGGCGUAUUCAUUCAAUCCAAUUCGUAUCUCACGCCCACCGAGUCCGGCAACAAUGUUGCACAUCGCUCAACAUACGUAGCUAACGGCACUCAACAUUCGCCGAACUCAGCAACAUCGUUGGCAACAUCUACGACAACCGCAACAUCGUUCGCCAUUUGCAGCGACGAUCCAAGCAACUCUGACGGCAGUGUCAACGAAUUCGAGCAUUCACUACGUCAACGUUUAAGGCAUUUGAAUUCUCCCAAAGUCGCGCUUAUCUCGGCUACAAUUAGCAGUUGCAGCAAUAGCAAUAACAACGACAGCAACCACAACAGCAGAGAUACCAACAACGGUAAAGCGCACGCUACAUUUAACUCCUUCUCCUCCACCACAUCACCUUCGUCCUCGUCGCACUCGUCAUUCAACUCGCACGCCUCAAAUGCGUCUCAGCGUCAGCGCCGUCGCCGCAGUAAUUCCUCAAGCCACCGUGAUUCACUUAAAUUUGCUGCUGCCUCAGCAAAUGCGCACGCACCUCAAGGCAAACCGACAGCGGUGGAUACGCCUCGGCGCUACUACUACAAUGGUGCUGGCGGUGGCGGCGUAGGCGGCGUAGGCAGCAGCAACAACAUUUAUUGGUGCAAGCAAGCCAUCAUUGGUAGCAGCCGCAAUGGCAAGGCCAGUGGCGGCGGAUAUGGACAUAGCAGCGGUGCCGCACUAAAGCGUCGUGCCCACACGGUUGAACGUAUGCCGUUGACACGCAGCGCCAGCAGCGUCACUACUCAUAAAGAAUUUAGGAAUGCGAGCGCCGCGACAACAGCGGCUGCAACCACAGGUCUUGCGAAAGUGGUGGCAGUACGGCGCGGAAGCAACGAACAACAUGGCGCGGAGAUUAGCAACGACAGCGGCGAUACAUCGCUGAAGCUGGUAGCGGCGGCUGCAUCUAAUGGUUAUGGCACGCGCAGCUUGCAAGAAGAUUUUUAUUACUCCGAUGACAAAUCGGUGUGGAACAAUAGAAAAAACCAAAGUCAAAGCGAGGCGAAUGUUAGUGGCGGCAGUGCAAUAAAAGCCGUAAUAAAAAGUAUUAACAACAAAAACAGUCACAGCAAUUGCAACAAUAAAACUGCUGGAAGUAGUAGAGCCCCCUCACCGGCAGCGCCAGCGGGAAGCAACAGCAAUUCGCAAAACAAUUCGAAUGCAUUAAAUACAAAUAAUGCAAACCCGAAUACGCGCGCGAGUGUAAAAUGUGUGUCAAAACCCGCGCCCGCGUCAUCGCCGAGCGUAUCUUCCGCUGAUACGACGCGCCUAUUUAAUUUCCUACGUGCCGCGCGUAAAUUUUAUCGCAGUGCCGCGGUUGGGAGUAGUCAAGACUCGAAUUUGCGCACACACGCAGAUGAAGUAGAUGGUGUUGUUGCACAGCGGCGGCAGCAGCCCUCCUCCGAGCCGACAAAACGUCGUUCGUCGUUGGCAGCCAUCAAUGAUCGAUUGACGAUUGCGGAAUACGACAAGUCAUCAGCGUCAGAUGAUUUAAGCCAAAUAACGGUGACACUAAGUAAUGAUUGGUUUGAUGAGGAAUCGUUAAUUUCGAAAGAGAAUAAACAGCCAGCAAAUGACUUGAAAUGUCCACAGUCGAAAAGGGGACAAAGAGAACACAAACAGCUACAACAACUGCCUGAUAGUGGCGUAAACCACACCAGCACAACAGCAAAAACAACAGCAGCAGCUUUAAUCUCCCUCCGUAGCACAAGCGAAACAACUGCGACUGCCACAACCGCCGCAACAUCAACAAACAAUAAAACACCAAUUGCAACUCUAACAACACCAACGACCAAAGUAACCUCAACAACUCAGCAAAAGCCAAACGCACCUCAAACCGAACAGCUGCAGCAACUGAGUGGCCGCAAUAGCAAGAGCAGCCACAGCCACAGCCACAAAAGCAACAAUAGCAAACGUAUUGUUGCUACACCGCACGUUCGCUGCAUCAAUUCUCACAACGGUCCCGUAAUCAGCGCAGUCACAACUGCAUCACACACUUUAAAAACAAGUGCUACUGGCGCCGCGCGUGGACAAUCGGCUGUUUCAAACACCGCUGCGGGCACACCUACACCGAGUCCACUAGCGAGUGGUAUAGCGUCAACGACGUCAACGGCUGCCACGCCGGCGUCGUCGUCGUCGUCGUCGUCCGCAUCUUCAAUCUCGCCGAAAGCGAGCUGCAAUAAAGUUAUGAGCAGUCACGCCACAGCGACUCAGCAUAGCGGACAAACAACAGUGGUCGGUCAUCAUCGCGGCUUCUCGCAACCAUCCGUGACAGUGGCGGCCAAUUCAGCAGGCGAUCCAUGGUUCUUACAAUCCACCGGGCAUCAAAUGCCGCCCACAGCGCCUUUACGACACAAUAAACGUCCCGCGCCGCAACCGAAUCACGGCGGUGUGGGCGGCGGCUUAGGCGGCGGCAUUGGCAUCGGCGUAGGUGGUGGCGGCGGAGGCGCGAGUGGCGUCGGUAUAGCGAAUGCUGGCAGCGUAGGCGUCAGUUUGUUGCAUCAGCAGCAACUAAGCCAAUCGCAGCCGCAUAUUGUACCGCCAAAUAUACCGCCACACCAUCACAAUAACGUGAACCAACACCACAAUCCAAUCCACUUGUCCUCGCAUGCACUUAAUAGUCAUAAUUUAAUAUCAGUUGCAACCGGCGCCAAUCAUUCACCAAAAUCACCCAAUCAGCAACAACAACAGCAGCAACAGCAUCAUCAUCAGCAGCAACAGCAGCAGACAUCGCAAUUAACUGGCUCAGCGGCACAGCCACAUACACAUACACACACACACAUCUUAUCCACCUUUGCGCCACCAUCCGCUGUCAGUGGUGGCAAUUGCGCGCCCGCCACGGGCGGUGUGACAGCCGCUGCAGUGGCUGCCGUAACGCAACAGCAACAACAACAGCAUUUGCAGCUUCUAGCCAAUGCUUCCAGCAAUAGCAACAACAAUCUUAUGUCGUCUUCAUUGAAUGCGGCACAACAUAGCGCCGCACUAUCGUUGCACGAACGCGGUCUACCGCCGAAAAGUGGCGCCAUUGUUGCUGGCCUAGGCGGCGCACUACACGGCAGCAACAUGCUGUUACACCAAGCGCAAGCGCCCUCAUCGCUAUCGAGCAGUCAACAGCAAACGCAAUCGGCGAUAUCGCUCAACACUGCUGGUGGCAGUGGCGGUGUUGGUGUUGGUGGCAGCUCAGGCAUAGGUGCGACUAGCAUGUCUACAUCAUUGCAUAGUUUCGAUUUAAAUGGUGGUGGCGGUGUAGCGGCCAAUGCCUGGUCGAGUAAUUCCAAUGCAGCAGCCGCAUCGUUGCACUCACCCACCAACGCUAUGGCUGGCGGCGUUAAUCAACACCAUAUUCAGCCGCAACGGAAGUGCGAAGUGAAGCUGAACGCAAUGCCUUGGUUUCAUGGCAGCAUAACACGCGACGAAGCCGAACACCUGUUGCAGCCUCGCGAGGAUGGCCUAUUUUUAGUACGCGAAUCGACUAACUUCCCAGGCGACUAUACACUAUGCGUCUGCUUCCAAGGCAAAGUGGAACACUACCGUGUCAAGUACUUGGAAAACAAGCUAACCAUCGACGAUGAGGAGUACUUUGAAAACCUGGGGCAAUUGGUUGCGCAUUAUGAAGCAGAUGCCGAUGGUCUGUGCACGCAAUUGAUAAAAUGUUUACCGAAAAAGGGCAGGCAAGAAUUCUGCAUCAACUCUAAGGACUUCCUGGACAAGGGCUGGGUUAUACCAGAGGCUGAUUUGCAGCUGCGUGAAAGCAUCGGAAAGGGUGAAUUCGGCGAUGUGAUGCUGGGUAUAUUGCGCAGUGAAAAAGUCGCCGUUAAGAUGCUAAAGGAUGAGGGCGCUGUGCAAAAAUUCUUGGCGGAAGCAUCCGUCAUGACCACUUUAGAGCAUGAAAACUUGGUAAAGUUUAUAGGCUUGGUCUUCACCAGCAAACACAUCUACUUAGUGACGGAGUAUAUGAGCAAAGGUUCGCUGGUCGAUUAUCUGCGUUCGCGUGGACGGCAACACAUUACGAAAAAGGAUCAAAUCAAUUUUGCCUACGACACCGCCUCCGGCAUGGAAUAUUUGGAAGCUAAAAAAGUUGUACAUCGCGAUUUGGCCGCGCGUAACGUACUAAUAUCCGAAGAAUGUGUCGCCAAAGUGUCUGAUUUCGGUUUAGCGCGCGAAGAAUGCUACAAUUUGGAUGUCGGAAAAUUGCCAAUCAAAUGGACUGCACCUGAAGCGCUCAAGAAUGGUCGUUUUUCCAACAAAUCUGAUAUGUGGAGUUUCGGAAUUUUGUUAUGGGAAAUUUAUUCAUUUGGUCGAGUUCCUUAUCCCCGCAUACCCCUCAACGACGUGGUGAAACACGUUGAAGUCGGCUAUAAAAUGGAAGCACCCGAAGGCUGUCCACCCGAAAUAUAUGAAAUGAUGCGCCAAGCGUGGGACUUGAAUCCCGCCAAGCGACCAACGUUUGCCGAACUUAAAGUUAAGUUGUUACAUCUGAAAAACACCACACCAGCGUGAGAGCGCAAAUGCGUCGUACUACGCGCAUAGAAUGUGACAUUCAGCAGGCAAACAUUAAACAUUUGAAAACAAUCCAAUCCAAUCGAAGUGAGCAACUUAAAUUACCAAGUAAUAUACAUACAUUUAUAAUAAAUAUUUUUUAAGUUUAGGUGAAAUAAUGCAAAGAAAAAAAUUUAAAGAAAGUAAAAAAGAAGUGGUAAGCAGAAUAUUGUAAAAUGUGGAAUUUACACUUUUUUUUAACUAUAUGUAUUUGUUUUUAUUUAUGCUAUGUUUUUUUGUCAAUAGUCUGUUGGCAAUAUAUUUAAGUUAAAAAUUUUAAAAGCCUGGCGCCGGCAUUAAACUAUGAUUAAAAAAAAAAACGCAAGCAAACCAACUGCACUAAAUUGUGCAGCGUGCGUCUGCGCCUUAACUAAACGCAAGCAGCUAGCUGACAGGUUAAAUGUGAAAUAAGAAAAAAAUAUAUUAAUAAAAAAAAAAAAAUACUAUGCUACAUAAUUAUAAAUUAUUUAGUUCUCGUAAUUAUUUAUAUGCGUAUGUUUGUUUUUAGUUUAUAAUUGGUACAUUGUACGACACAUACUAUUUACUAGAAUGUAUGUAUGUUAGUACUACUAAAAAAAAAAUGACUAUUUACCACUACUGCUGCGACAAUUGUAUGUAUGUUAAGUUUACUUACCUAUUUACUUUAUUUAUACAGGAACACAAUCACACAAACACUUGUACACAUAGAAUUUUUUGUUUAUAACCUUUUCUAUGUAUAUUACACAAUAAAACUUGGACACGUACAAACGUAUGUAAUAAAAUAA